CAACCACACACGGGCUCGCCGCGCAAACUCCGGUCUAGUCGCGCGGAAGCCCUUACGCACAAGCGCGCGGUUAUGGAUCGGGAAGAUUUAGAACCUCGCGUUGGAAGUGAGAAGAAGCACGUGGCGUCAACGACCUCCGCUUCUCGAACUCUGCAACCAUCUGCGACAGUGUAUGCAAACUCGCCGGUGUCUUACUCGGUUGCCGUAGUGUCGUUACUGGUCGUUUCGAUUGCUUUGCUUUACGAAGUGCGCCAACUAUGCUUAAAUAAUAACAUUCUACUCGUAUCUCUCAAUGCAACGACGAAAGCAACGAAUGAAGUCAAGCCCAUCGUAUGGGUGUAUAGUAAAGGGUCAGAUCAAAGCCAUUUGCGACACGUCAUUGAAUCAUUCCGCCGGUACGGAUACCGGCUCGGGGAACGCGCGGACCGGUGGUCUGUGCUUUGGUCGCACGAUUACCCGUUCACUGAACUAGCCAGUGACAUGCGCGAGUUGAAGCCCGGCCAGGUGGUCAACCACUUCCCGGGUUCGGGUUACAUCACCAACAAAGCUAGUCUCUCCACGGACAGGUCUAUCCGAGAGCUGCCUCUGACGUUCAGACUUCCGGCCCAGAAGGACGAGUUCUUGCAGAACAUUGACGAGCGACCUCAUGUCAUGUGGGUGCAGAAAAACCGAGACCAUCGGGGAAUACACGUGGUCGAUCCCGUCGAAGUGGCAGCUGCAGCCGACGACGAAGAGACCUUCGUGCAAGAGCUGAUCGCCAACCCGCUGCUCAUUGACGGCAAAAAGUUCGACAUCGGCGUCUACGUAGCCAUGACGUCUCUCGAACCCCUGCGUGUGUACGUGUACAGGGGCGACGUGUUACUGCGCUUCUGCGCGCGUCCGUACGACGCGCUGCACUUCAACGCCUCCGACCUGGACUCCUACGUAGUCGGCGACGACUACACGCCUAUCUGGGAUAUGCCGUCGCUGGCCCGCUACUACGUGAGUGAUCAGCUAAGCAUGAAGACCAGCCUGGACGUUUACCUGCGCACGCAAAUGGUCGCCGACAGUGGUGCCCUGUGGUCCGAAGUGGAGCGGAUCGUGGCAUCGGUGUACACGCGCAAGGCCGAGGCCAUGCGGAGAUCGGCAUCGCGCUGGCCUCGCAUGGGCCGCUUCUUCGAGCUGGUGCGCUUCGACUUCGUGUUGGACGACGCACUGGGCGUGCACCUGCUGGAGGCGAACAUGUCGCCCAACCUGAGUUCGGCCCACUUUCCGGCCAACGGACCAUUCUACGAGCAGCUGUUGUUCAGCCUGUUCAGCCUGGUGGGACUCGGCGCGUCCAACUCGGCCGAUGACUGGAGAUUCUUGGACCGGGCCACGUCGGUUCUACCGUCUGACUGUCCGGUGCAGCCGGUGGAUCGAAGGUGCGAGCAGCCCGCCUCGCUCUGCGCUGCCAGCUGCCUGUCGACGGCCCACAAGCAGGCGUUCAGGGCCGCUCUCUGGGAGCACCUACACAGGAAGCAGUUCGCGAGGCUCGUGCCUCGUCCCGAUGCCAGCGUUGAACCGGAGGCCAACAUGACCGAAGCGGACCGAAUCAUGGCGCAGUGGUACGCCGCAAAAUGCAUGCAGGACUCGGAAUGGUGCCGCUGAAGAAGUGACUGCUUAGUCGCCAGGGCGUUCUUGACCUCGCGCCAACCUGCGGCGGCGUCAAACUUAUUGCCAGGGUCAUGCCAACGUGAACGAAUAUAUAUGUCCUGCCAUGGUUGUGUCACAGAGGCGGCUGGUGUAGUAGUACAAGCGCAGAUGACAACUUCUUAAAAGGACACUAAAGGAAAGCAAUGGUUUAGAUUAAUUAAUUGUAUGCUGAGGACUCUAGUGUUGUUAAUUUCGCCAUCGCAGUUUUUAUAGAGCGAAAAGCCGCGGUGAAAGUUCUGUUUUUUGUUUUCGAAUCUCGCCUUAAAAUUACCCCACGUGACCUCAUAGAUAUUAAAGAAUAUUUAAUUUUUCGUGUGUUGCUGACAUUGGCUCGACUAAAUUUCCGUAAACUAGGUCGCAAGACGUUGUAGCUCAUUUUGACUUAUUAGAAACUACGUAAACAAACUGCUACAUGCCAUCAAAAUUUAUGACUUUACGACGUUUGAUAUAAGAAUGUCAAGGCUGCAAUGCUAUCACCAGCAUUUUAUUUUUGCGCACUUUGUCUUGUUUUCGCGGCAAACGUGGCGAUUUCGGAAUUGUGCGAGGGUAAUUUACAAACACGAGAAAAAAAUAUUUUUUUUUAUUUAGAGACCUUUCGAACCGAAAGGAUGUUGCUAAACACUUGCACUACGGAAGGAAACACGACAGCAACUGCAAGGGCUAUAGCUGUUUAUGGAUAUAACUUUAUUUAUGUCUAACAGGUUGAGCUAGUUUUCUAGCCCGAGUAUAUCGCAGCUUUCGUGUGGAAAGCUGUCAUACUGUUAUAACUUAUAAACACGGUUUCGUGGUUUCAUGCCAGAUCAGGGUUAGAUAUCUUGGCGCCACAGUACAAUGCUGACCGACUGAUGCCGCGUUGAGUCAUCCUCGUGGCGUAUUGCAUAACGCCUAAAGAGUGAUAGAAACACUGUUAUAACUAUGGCGAGAUACACUGUACGAGAUAAACUGACAAUGCAAUAUGUCAGCAGCGGCCUUCGUUUCAGGGUAAUUGUGCGCAGAGGCCGUCCUUUCGAAAAGCCCGGAAUGUGUAGGAGCACAGCGAAUGCGGUAUGCAUGGUUAGCAUUGCUACCUCUCGUGGUACUUGGUGUUUUUAGAGACACGUACGAGGCGAAAAAUAAAGCACGAGUGGCUGUAUGUUCCGUUUUCAGGCCUCGCACU